UGAACAUUUAAAUUUUUGGCUUCUUAAAUAGAAAAGUUAUUGUCAUGUAUUUAAAAACUGUAUUUAUUUUUUGUUUAGUAGGUUUUUUUAACAAUACAGAGAGCAAGGGACUUAAUGAGACCCAAAUAAAAUAUUAUCAAAGGUUGAUAUACGGUAAUACAGAUCUUGAAUUCAUUAAAGGUAUUUUAAAGGAAAAUGGUAUCAAAGAGAUAUACAACGAUUAUAACAAUAAAGAUCGAGAAGCAAUAAGGCUAUACAAAUUACUGAAAUUUUUGGUUAAUGUUGAAAAAUGUGGCGAUGAUGAGGCAAAUGUAGUAAAACUGGAUCAAGAUGACUUCAAUAUAAUCUCAACUAAAUUCUGUGAAUUAGACGAAUUCAACUUAGGUGUUAUUGAAAUCAGUCAACGCAUUAAUUUGAUUGAUUCGUAUCUCAGCACUAUUCUUAUUAGAAGCACGAAAAAAGACGAAAAAGUUGACGAAAAUAUUGACGAAGAAGUUGACGAAAAAGUUGACAAAAAAAAAAUCCAGAUAAUUAUCUCUAACUUGAGAUAUAAAUAUAACAACGGUGCUCAUUAUAACGACUUAGGUGAUGUAAUAUUGAAAGUACUAUCGGCCUGGAAAACACAUAGUAAAAAAACCAUAGAAUACGGUGAAAUUGAAGAUUUUCCUCACAACGAUCAUCUAAUUAUAUAAUUAUAUACAUAAUAUUUUACAAUUGUAAAAAAUUUCUAACUUUUUUAUUAGUUUUCUCUCAUUUUGUUAGUUAAUUAUUAUUUUGAGGAUUUACGAUUAAAGAAGCGUAUCAACUGAAUUCUUAUUUUUUAAGAGAGCAAUAUUAAAUUCUCAUUUUUCAUUGAAGCUAAUGAAAUAUUUUUAUUUUUCUUAAAAACAAAAAUUUCCUUCCAAUAUAAUUAAUGUUACAUGAUUUCACAUAAAAAAAAAUUUUAUAUCUUUAUUAAAAUAGACUAAUAAUCCAAAAAUACCAAUUUUGA